CCAGGUGGGCGCACCCGAGCGGCAACAUGUCCUCCGUUCACCGCGUGCUUUUGGCUCUGCUGCUCCUCUCCAACCUGAGCCGGCGAGCCGUCACCGCUGCUACCGACGAUGAACUGAGUCCGCUGAUGGGGGACGAUAGCGUCGCCGCCGCCACCGCCGCCCUCGGGACCAACUUGAUGUGGGACGUCGCGGAUGAAGACGGAGGCCCCAAAGUGCUUCUGCUGGCGGACAAGAGGCGGAGAGGAUUGCAUUUUCGAGGUCUCCCCCGGCGACUUCCAGCCAUGGACGAGCCCCGCUGGAGCCGAAAUGCGGCGGCGGCAGAGAGACUCGAGCGCAGGGACAACGAAAACGACAUUGACAUGUUGCGCUGCAUGAUCGGACGAGUGUACCGACCCUGCUGGGGAGCGUCGUGAGCGCCGGCCGGUGUCUUCGGCAGAAAGACCGACCACAAGUGUGUAGAAC